CGCGGGCUGGAGGCCAUGGACGUGAAGGAGAGAAAGCCUUACCGCUCGCUGACCCGGCGCCGCGACGCCGAGCGCCGCUACACCAGCUCGUCGGCUGACAGCGAGGAGGGCAAGGCCCCGCAGAAGUCCUACAGCUCCAGCGAGACCCUGAAGGCCUAUGACCAGGACGCCCGCCUGGCUUAUGGCAGCCGCGUCAAGGACAUGGUGCCGCAGGAGGCGGAGGAGUUCUGCCGCGCAGGCGCCAACUUCACUCUGCGUGAACUGGGUCUGGGAGAAGUGACACCCCCUCAUGGGACCCUAUACCGGACUGACAUUGGCCUGCCCCACUGCGGCUACUCCAUGGGGGCCAGUUCCGAUGCUGACAUGGAGGCCGAUACUGUGCUGUCCCCUGAGCACCCCGUGCGGCUGUGGGGCCGGAGCUCAAGGUCAGGGCGCAGCUCCUGCCUGUCCAGCCGGGCCAAUUCCAACCUCACGCUCACUGACACUGAGCACGAGAACACUGAGACCGAUCACCCCGGAGGCCUGCAGAACCACCCGCGGCUGCGGACGCCCCCGCCGCCGCUGUCUCACGCCCACACCCCCAGCCAGCACCACGCUGCCUCCAUCAACUCCCUCAACCGGGGCAACUUCACUCCCAGGAGCAACCCCAGCCCGGCGCCCACCGACCACUCGCUCUCCGGAGAGGCCCCCACCGGAGGCGCCCCUGAGCCUGCCCACGCUCAGGACAACUGGCUGCUCAACAGCAACAUCCCGCUGGAGACCAGAAACCUAGGCAAGCAGCCAUUCCUAGGGACAUUGCAGGACAACCUCAUUGAGAUGGACAUUCUCAGCGCCUCCCGCCAUGAUGGGGCUUACAGUGACGGGCACUUCCUCUUCAAGCCCGGCGGCACCUCCCCACUCUUCUGCACCACGUCACCAGGGUACCCGCUGACGUCCAGCACAGUAUACUCCCCUCCACCCCGGCCCCUGCCCCGCAGCACCUUUGCCCGGCCGGCCUUCAACCUCAAGAAGCCCUCCAAGUACUGUAACUGGAAGUGCGCAGCCCUGAGCGCCAUCAUCAUCUCCGCCACGCUCGUCAUCCUCCUGGCAUACUUCGUGGCCAUGCACCUGUUUGGCCUAAACUGGCACCUGCAGCCGAUGGAGGGACAGAUGUAUGAGAUCACGGAGGACACAGCCAGCAGUUGGCCUGUGCCGACAGACGUCUCUCUGUACCCCUCAGGGGGCACUGGCUUAGAGACCCCUGACAGGAGAGGCAAAGGAGCCACCGAAGGAAAGCCCAGUAGUUUCUUUCCAGAGGACAGUUUUAUAGACUCUGGAGAAAUCGAUGUGGGGAGACGAGCUUCACAGAAGAUCCCUCCUGGCACUUUCUGGAGAUCCCAGGUGUUCAUCGACCAUCCUGUGCAUCUGAAAUUCAACGUGUCGCUGGGAAAGGCAGCUCUGGUUGGCAUUUACGGCAGAAAAGGCCUCCCUCCUUCACAUACUCAGUUUGAUUUUGUGGAGCUUCUGGAUGGAAGGAGGCUCCUGGCCCAGGAGGCGCGGAGCCUGGAGGGACCCCAGCGCCAAUCUCGGGGAGUGGUACCCCCCUCCAGCCACGAGACCGGCUUCAUCCAGUAUUUGGAUUCAGGAAUCUGGCACCUAGCUUUUUACAAUGAUGGGAAGGAGUCUGAAGUGGUUUCCUUUCUCACCACUGCCAUUGAAUCGGUGGAUAACUGCCCUAGCAACUGCUAUGGCAACGGUGACUGCAUCUCUGGGACCUGCCACUGCUUCCUGGGUUUCCUGGGCCCCGACUGUGGCAGAGCCUCCUGCCCUGUGCUCUGUAGCGGGAAUGGCCAGUACAUGAAGGGCAGGUGCCUGUGUCACAGCGGCUGGAAGGGCACCGAGUGUGAUGUGCCUACCAACCAGUGCAUCGACGUGGCCUGCAGCAACCACGGCACCUGCAUCAUGGGCACCUGCAUCUGCAACCCCGGCUACAAGGGCGAGAGCUGCGAGGAAGUGGACUGCAUGGACCCCACAUGUUCUGGCCGCGGUGUCUGUGUGAGAGGCGAGUGCCACUGCUCCGUGGGAUGGGGAGGCACCAACUGCGAGACCCCCAGGGCCACAUGCUUAGACCAAUGUUCAGGCCAUGGAACCUUCCUCCCAGACACUGGGCUUUGCAGCUGUGACCCAAGCUGGACUGGACAUGACUGUUCUAUCGAGAUCUGCACGGCUGACUGUGGAGGCCACGGAGUCUGCGCAGGAGGCACCUGCCGCUGCGAGGACGGCUGGAUGGGGGCGGCCUGCGACCAGCGGGCCUGCCACCCGCGCUGUGCCGAGCACGGGACCUGCCGCGACGGCAAGUGCGAGUGCAGCCCCGGCUGGAACGGCGAGCACUGCACCAUCGCUCACUAUCUGGAUAGGGUAGUUAAAGAGGGGUGCCCUGGGUUGUGCAACGGUAACGGCAGAUGUACCUUGGACCUGAAUGGGUGGCACUGCGUCUGCCAGCUGGGCUGGAGAGGAGCAGGCUGUGACACUUCUAUGGAAACCGCCUGUGGUGACAGCAAAGACAAUGAUGGAGAUGGUUUGGUGGACUGCAUGGACCCUGACUGCUGCCUCCAGCCCCUCUGUCAUGUCAAUCCGCUGUGCCUGGGCUCCCCCGACCCUCUGGACAUCAUCCAGGAGACACAGGUCCCUGUGUCCCAGCAGAACCUACACUCCUUCUAUGACCGAAUCAAGUUCCUCGUGGGCAGGGACAGCACGCACAUCAUCCCUGGGGAGAACCCCUUUGAUGCAGGGCAUGCAUGUGUUAUUCGUGGUCAAGUGAUGACAUCAGAUGGGACCCCGCUUGUUGGUGUGAACAUCAGUUUUGUCAAUAACCCGCUCUUCGGAUAUACAAUCAGCAGGCAAGAUGGCAGCUUUGAUUUGGUCACAAAUGGCGGCAUCUCCAUCAUCCUGCGGUUCGAGCGGGCCCCUUUCAUCACGCAGGAGCACACCCUCUGGCUGCCGUGGGAUCGCUUCUUUGUCAUGGAAACCAUCAUCAUGCGACAUGAGGAGAACGAGAUCCCCAGCUGCGACCUGAGCACCUUCGCCCGCCCCAACCCUGUGGUCUCUCCAUCCCCCCUGACGUCCUUCGCCAGCUCCUGUGCCGAGAAAGGCCCCAUCGUGCCAGAAAUUCAGGCUUUGCAGGAGGAGAUCCCUAUCUCUGGCUGCAAGAUGAAGCUGAGCUACCUGAGCAGCAGGACCCCCGGCUACAAGUCUGUCUUGAGGAUCAGCCUCACCCACCCCACCAUCCCCUUCAACCUCAUGAAGGUGCACCUCAUGGUAGCCGUGGAGGGCCGCCUCUUCAGGAAGUGGUUUGCUGCAGCCCCAGACCUGUCCUAUUACUUCAUUUGGGACAAGACAGAUGUCUACAACCAGAAGGUGUUCGGGCUCUCGGAAGCCUUCGUUUCCGUGGGUUAUGAGUAUGAAUCCUGCCCAGACCUGAUCCUAUGGGAAAAAAGAACAGCAGUACUGCAGGGCUAUGAAAUCGAUGCAUCCAAGCUCGGAGGAUGGAGCCUAGACAAACAUCAUGCCCUCAACAUUCAAAGUGGCAUCCUGCACAAAGGGAACGGGGAGAACCAGUUUGUGUCGCAGCAGCCCCCCAUCAUCGGGAGUGUCAUGGGCAAUGGGCGCCGGAGAAGCAUCUCUUGCCCCAGCUGCAAUGGCCUUGCUGAUGGCAACAAGCUCCUGGCUCCAGUGGCCCUCACCUGUGGCUCUGACGGGAGCCUCUAUGUGGGUGAUUUCAACUAUAUCCGAAGGAUCUUCCCUUCUGGGAAUGUCACCAACAUCCUGGAAUUGAGAAAUAAAGAUUUCAAACAUAGUCACAGUCCAGCACAUAAGUACUACCUGACCACAGACCCCAUGAGCGGGGCUGUCUUCCUUUCCGACACCAACAGCCGACGGGUCUUUAAGAUCAAGUCCACCGUGGUGGUGAAGGAUCUUGUCAAGAACUCCGAGGUGGUUGCGGGGACAGGUGACCAGUGCCUCCCCUUUGAUGACACUCGCUGCGGGGAUGGCGGGAAGGCCACAGAAGCCACCCUCACCAACCCCAGGGGCAUUACCGUGGACAAGUUUGGGCUGAUUUACUUCGUGGAUGGCACCAUGAUCAGACGCAUUGACCAGAAUGGGAUCAUCUCCACCCUGCUGGGCUCCAAUGACCUGACAUCGGCCCGGCCCCUCAGCUGUGAUUCUGUCAUGGAUAUUUCUCAGGUUCGCCUGGAGUGGCCCACAGACUUAGCCAUCAACCCAAUGGACAACUCACUUUACGUCCUUGACAACAACGUGGUCCUACAAAUCUCUGAAAACCACCAGGUACGCAUUGUCGCCGGGAGGCCCAUCCACUGCCAGGUCCCUGGCAUUGACCACUUCUUGCUCAGCAAAGUGGCCAUCCAUGCAACCCUGGAGUCGGCCACCGCCUUGGCUGUUUCACACAAUGGGGUCCUAUAUAUUGCUGAGACUGAUGAGAAAAAGAUCAACCGCAUCAGGCAAGUCACCACGAGCGGAGAGAUCUCACUCGUUGCUGGGGCCCCCAGUGGCUGUGAUUGUAAAAAUGAUGUCAACUGUGACUGUUUUUCUGGAGAUGAUGGUUACGCCAAGGAUGCAAAGUUGAAUACCCCUUCUUCCCUGGCUGUGUGCGCGGAUGGGGAGCUCUACGUGGCUGACCUUGGGAAUAUCCGAAUUCGGUUUAUCCGGAAGAACAAGCCUUUCCUCAACACCCAGAACAUGUAUGAGCUGUCCUCACCAAUCGACCAGGAGCUCUACCUGUUUGAUACCAGCGGCAAACACCUAUACACCCAAAGUCUUCCCACGGGCGACUACCUUUACAACUUCACCUACACGGGGGAUGGUGACAUCACACUUAUCACAGACAACAACGGCAACAUGGUUAACGUACGCCGAGACUCCACCGGGAUGCCCCUCUGGCUAGUGGUCCCAGAUGGCCAGGUAUACUGGGUGACCAUGGGCACAAACAGUGCACUCAAAAGUGUGACCACCCAAGGACACGAGUUGGCCAUGAUGACGUACCAUGGCAACUCUGGCCUUCUGGCAACCAAAAGCAAUGAAAAUGGAUGGACAACAUUUUAUGAGUAUGACAGCUUUGGCCGGCUGACAAAUGUGACCUUCCCUACUGGCCAGGUGAGCAGUUUCCGAAGUGACACAGACAGUUCAGUGCAUGUCCAGGUAGAGACCUCCAGCAAGGAUGAUGUCACCAUAACGACUAACCUGUCUGCCUCGGGUGCCUUCUACACACUGCUGCAAGAUCAAGUCCGGAACAGCUACUACAUUGGAGCGGAUGGCUCCCUGCGGCUCCUGCUAGCCAAUGGCAUGGAGGUGGCACUGCAGACCGAGCCCCACCUGCUGGCUGGCACUGUCAACCCCACCGUGGGCAAGAGGAACGUCACCCUGCCUAUUGACAACGGCCUAAACCUGGUGGAGUGGCGGCAGCGCAAGGAGCAGGCUCGGGGCCAGGUCACCGUCUUUGGGCGCCGGCUGCGGGUUCACAACCGAAACCUUCUGUCGCUGGACUUUGACCGUGUGACGCGCACAGAGAAGAUCUACGAUGACCACCGCAAGUUCACCCUUCGGAUCCUGUAUGACCAGGCAGGGCGGCCCAGCCUCUGGUCACCCAGCAGCAGGCUGAAUGGUGUCAACGUGACUUACUCCCCUGGGGGCCACAUUGCUGGCAUCCAGAGGGGCAUCAUGUCUGAGAGAAUGGAAUAUGACCAGUCAGGGCGCAUCACAUCUAGGAUCUUUGCUGAUGGGAAGACGUGGAGCUACACGUACUUAGAGAAGUCCAUGGUGCUGCUGCUGCACAGCCAGAGGCAAUAUAUCUUUGAGUUCGACAAGAACGACCGCCUCUCUUCUGUGACCAUGCCCAACGUGGCCCGGCAGACGCUGGAGACCAUGCGCUCAGUGGGCUACUACAGGAACAUCUACCAGCCCCCUGAGGGCAAUGCAUCAGUCAUCCAGGACUUCACAGAGGAUGGGCACCUGCUCCACACCUUCUACCUGGGCACCGGCCGCAGGGUGAUAUACAAGUAUGGCAAGCUGUCGAAGCUGGUCGAGACACUGUACGACACCACCAAGGUGAGCUUCACCUAUGACGAGACAGCAGGCAUGCUGAAGACUGUCAACCUGCAGAACGAGGGCUUCACCUGCACCAUCCGCUACCGUCAAAUUGGGCCCCUGAUCGACCGGCAGAUCUUCCGCUUCACCGAGGAAGGCAUGGUCAAUGCCCGUUUCGACUACAACUAUGACAACAGCUUUCGGGUGACCAGCAUGCAGGCCGUGAUCAAUGAGACCCCACUGCCCAUUGAUCUAUAUCGCUAUGAUGACGUGUCAGGCAAGACAGAGCAGUUCGGGAAGUUUGGCGUCAUCUACUAUGACAUUAACCAGAUCAUUACCACGGCAGUCAUGACCCACACCAAGCACUUCGAUGCGUAUGGCAGGAUGAAGGAAGUGCAGUAUGAGAUUUUCCGCUCACUCAUGUACUGGAUGACUGUCCAGUAUGAUAACAUGGGGCGCGUUGUGAAGAAGGAGCUGAAGGUGGGACCCUAUGCCAACACUACCCGCUACUCCUAUGAGUAUGAUGCUGACGGCCAGCUGCAGACAGUCUCCAUCAAUGACAAGCCACUUUGGCGCUAUAGCUAUGAUCUCAACGGGAACCUGCACUUACUAAGCCCUGGGAACAGUGCACGGCUCACACCACUCCGGUAUGACCUCCGUGACCGCAUCACUAGGCUGGGUGAUGUGCAGUACAGGAUGGACGAGGAUGGCUUCCUGCGGCAGCGUGGUGGUGACGUGUUUGAGUACAACUCAGCUGGCCUGCUCAUCAAGGCCUACAACCGGGCUGGUGGCUGGAGUGUCAGGUACCGCUAUGAUGGCCUAGGGCGGCGGGUGUCCAGCAAGAGCAGCCAUAGCCACCACCUGCAGUUCUUCUACGCAGACCUGACCAACCCUACCAAGGUCACCCACCUCUAUAACCACUCCAGCUCUGAGAUCACGUCCCUCUACUACGACCUGCAAGGACACCUCUUUGCCAUGGAGCUGAGCAGCGGCGAUGAGUUUUACAUAGCUUGUGACAACAUUGGGACCCCUCUUGCUGUCUUCAGUGGAACAGGCUUGAUGAUCAAGCAGAUCCUGUACACAGCCUACGGGGAGAUCUACAUGGACACCAACCCCAACUUCCAGAUCAUCAUUGGCUACCAUGGCGGCCUCUAUGAUCCACUCACCAAGCUGGUCCACAUGGGCCGCCGGGAUUAUGAUGUGCUGGCUGGGCGCUGGACCAGCCCGGACCACGAGCUCUGGAAGCACCUUAGUAGCAGCAAUAUCAUGCCUUUCAAUCUCUAUAUGUUUAAAAACAACAACCCCAUCAGUAACUCUCAGGACAUCAAGUGCUUCAUGACAGAUGUCAACAGCUGGCUGCUUACCUUUGGAUUCCAGCUGCACAAUGUGAUCCCUGGCUAUCCCAAACCAGACAUGGAUGCCAUGGAACCAUCCUACGAGCUCGUCCACACACAGAUGAAAACUCAGGAGUGGGACAACAGCAAGUCUAUCCUUGGAGUACAGUGUGAAGUACAGAAGCAGCUCAAGGCCUUCGUCACCUUAGAACGCUUUGACCAGCUCUAUGGCUCCACAAUCACCAGCUGCCAGCAGGCCCCAGAGACAAAGAAGUUUGCAUCCAGUGGCUCAGUCUUUGGCAAAGGGGUCAAGUUUGCCUUGAAGGAUGGCCGAGUGACCACAGACAUCAUCAGUGUGGCCAACGAGGAUGGGCGGAGGGUGGCUGCCAUCUUGAACAAUGCCCGUUACCUAGAGAACCUGCACUUCACCAUCGAUGGGGUGGACACCCACUACUUUGUGAAACCAGGGCCUUCAGAAGGUGACCUGGCUAUCCUGGGCCUCAGUGGGGGGAGGCGAACCCUAGAGAAUGGGGUCAACGUCACUGUGUCCCAGAUCAACACUAUGCUCAAUGGCAGGACUAGACGCUACACAGACAUCCAGCUCCAGUAUGGGGCACUGUGCUUGAAUACCCGCUAUGGGACGACGCUGGAUGAGGAGAAGGCGCGGGUGCUGGAGCUGGCCCGGCAGAGAGCCGUGCGCCAGGCUUGGGCCCGAGAGCAGCAGAGACUGCGGGAAGGGGAGGAAGGCCUGCGGGCCUGGACAGAGGGGGAGAAGCAGCAGGUGCUGAGCACAGGGCGGGUGCAAGGCUACGACGGCUUCUUCGUGAUCUCCGUCGAGCAGUACCCAGAACUGUCAGAUAGCGCCAACAACAUCCACUUCAUGAGACAGAGCGAGAUGGGCCGAAGGUGACAGAGAGGGCCAAGGCCUGGACUUCUUGCCAAAGACAGCUACUCUUUUGUGGCCGCAUACCUGACUGUGUUGUACUUUAAAAACAAAAUCCUUUUUUAACAAGUGCAGAAAACAAACAAAAUGAUACUGGUUGCAUUGUAAUUCAUGCAACAUCCUUUUUUUUAAGAAAAGAAAAACACAAAUUUGGCCUUCACACAUUUUUUGCAAAGGACAGAAGGUAUUUUUUUUUUCUGUAGUGUGAUCACAAUGAAAACUUUAUUGUCUUUUG